UUACUUUUAAGCCUCAAGCUCUCGUACCUACACAAAUAACGAUAGAAAAUUGAAGUUAGCGUUAAAACUCCUAUUCAUUGAUGUUUUUUUGUUUGUUUUUGCUAUAGUUAUCGGUCAGAAACUACGAAAAUGCAAUGCGAUGUGUACGAUAAUUUGGCAACGCUGGUGUUUACAGACAGACCGAUGAUGGCAGGGCGGCGCGAGGACUGACGAUUUUUCCUGCUGCUGCCACCCUUGAUAUCGCUGCACCAUGGCGGCGGGGCCCAUAGCAGAGCGCAACCAAGAUGCCACCAUAUAUGUUGGAGGGCUGGACGACAAGGUGUCGGAGGGGCUGCUGUGGGAGCUGUUUGUGCAGGCGGGGCCGGUGGUCAACGUUCACAUGCCAAAGGACCGGGUCACCCAGCAGCACCAGGGCUAUGGCUUCGUCGAGUUCAUGGGCGAAGAAGAUGCAGACUAUGCUAUCAAGAUUAUGAACAUGAUAAAGCUUUUUGGGAAGCCUAUACGAGUGAACAAGGCAUCAGCACAUCAAAAGAACCUUGAUGUGGGUGCCAACAUCUUCAUUGGUAACCUGGAUCCUGAGGUGGAUGAAAAACUGCUUUAUGAUACCUUCUCGGCCUUCGGUGUCAUCCUGCAAACCCCCAAGAUCAUGAGGGACCCAGAUACAGGGAACUCCAAGGGCUAUGCCUUCAUUAACUUUGCAUCAUUUGAAGCCUCUGAUGCAGCCAUUGAGGCCAUGAAUGGACAGUACCUGUGUAACCGAUCCAUCAGCAUCUCCUAUGCCUUCAAGAAAGACAGCAAGGGGGAGCGACACGGUACAGCUGCCGAACGUCUGCUGGCUGCCCAGAACCCUCUGUCACAGGCCGACAAGCCUCACCAGCUGUUUGCAGAUGCUCCCCCUCCACCCACCCAGUCAGCUCCCCCACCUCCUGCACCUCCUCCACCCCCAUCAUCAGCUGGGGUGGCACCCAAUGCCCACCCAGGCAUGUCUGUUCCUCCUCCUGGCAUGCUUGUGCCUCCCCCACCACCUGUCCCACCCCCACCUGGCACUACCUCCUCAAUGCCUCCCCUACCCAGUGCUCCACCCACAACAUCGGUGCCUCCUCCCCCUGGCUCUGCUCCACCCCUGCCUCCAAUCCCUCCUCCACCGUCCAAACCUCCCCUGCCAGGUCAGCCACCACUACCCCCUUCAGGGCCCCCAGGGCCUCCUCAAGGGUCCCAUGGCCAUCAGAAUCAGGGCCCAUAUGGCCAGUAUCCUCCCCGCCCUGGGAUGCCCCCACCUCCAUGGCAAGGUGGGCCAGGCAUGCCCCCUCAUCCCCCGGGCAUGCCUCCCCCACGCUCUGGCCCCCCUGGCAUGCCUCCCCCGCCAGGCAUGAGGCCUCCUCCACCAGGAUGGAGACCCCCUCACCCUGGAGGGCCACCAGGAAGGCCACCCUUUGGCAGGCCUCCCUACCCUCCACGUGGGCCGCCAGGGCCUCCACCCAUGCCAGGGAUGGGACCAGCCAUGCGAGGUGGUGGGCCACCCCUUCCUCCAGGACCCCCUCCUUCUGGGGGCCCUGGAGGACCCAUGCCUCCAGGGCCUCCACCGAGGGGCAUGAGGCCACCUCCACCAGGGGUGUCUGUCCCUAAUUCUCAGGGUGGCCCUCCUCCUCCGGGCAUGGCACCCCCUCCUCCUCCCCCUCGUCCCCCGCUGCCUCCCCCACCACCAGGAGGAGAAAAGUAAUAAGGGGUGGAGAGCAGCACUACUUUAUGCUUUAUUCCCUAUCUAGUUAUAUAUUUUUUAUUCAGCCAUAACAGAAUAUUGUUGCUGUGCUGUUGCAUAUUGACAAGCAAACAGUAUGUUAGAAAUGUCAAUUACAGUUUGCACAAUAAACAGGAUAAUUAUUUCCCUUGUCUUCAGUGAGUUGGUAGAACUGACAGAACAUCAGCACAGGAAAGUUAAAGAUGCUGCCUGAAAAUUCAGUCUGGACAAGACCAAAGAGGCUAAAGAGCAGAAGCAAGGAAACAAUCAAGUAAAGCCUAAAGAGUGCCAGGCUUCAGUUGUUUGCUCUUAAAGAUGCAAGUGGUAAUAUCACAAUAUGGGGAUAGUAGUCAGAAGUGGAAAAAAACCCACUACAAUUAUUACACUGUGAUCAGGGUGGGCAGGAGGUUGGUGAUGAGGAGAAUGCAUUGCUGAAUUUGUAAGUUCCCAGUAUAACUGUGGAUGAAGUCAAGAAAACUUUGAAAGGAAUGAGUAUGUGCCAAGCAAAAAACUACAGACUUAAUCAAUGAAUCAGGUGAUUUCAAAGUUAAAAAGUAGCUUAAAUAUAUGCAAAAUACUUGCAGAGUUUUAGAGUUACUAGAGUCUGGAAAUUGUCUUAUGUACUAAAAGGCAACAUAAAAGACGAGGAUCUACUGACUAAUUAUCUUCUCCACGUAACCUACAAACAAUUCAUUAAGAUCAUAAUUAAGAAAAUAAAUGCAACCCUUGAGUUUAACCAGGGGGCUGGGUUGCUCAGUGGGUAUGGUGCUUGGCUUGCAACUGUGAGGUUAAGAGUUUAAUACCCGGCUCACAGCAGCUUAUCAGUAAGAGAAAUAGUGCUCUCGUAACCCUGGAAAAGAUAGGAAGACCAAUCAAAACAAUGACAGUGGUAUUAGGAUUACUAAUCACAACAUUCAAUGGCACAGUGGUAUCACAGGAGGAACUAAAUGGCCCAUGUAAGUGAAUGGUUCAGUGAAUGGGUGAUUCGGUUCAGCAUGGACAGAUGCAUUGUCUUGGGGAGGCGGUGGCUGUGAUCAACAUGUGGUCAUGGUGAGUCCGUGGACCUAGGUUUGAGUCCCACCAAACACGCUGAUUUUUCAAGUCGUCACUGAGUGGUGGAAGAUUACUCACAUGCAGCCCACAUCUUCAAACAACCUUAACCCUGUAGCAGCGGGGAUCAUGUUUCUUAAUGGUCCCUCCAAGCGAGAAAAAAGAAAAAAAUUACCCCUCGCACAAACCAUUUCAUAAUAUUUAUCAAGGCAUUUUUGAUCAGAUUAUGUAUCAUUUAUUUUUUUGGGUUUAUAUUGUGGCACAAAUUUGGCCCGUCGCUGCUACACGGCAAAGCCACAAAUUUGGCCCGUUGCUGCUACCGGGUUAACCUCAGCGACUUUGUUCAAGUGGAGCAUUGGGGGCACAAGCAAAGGGUCAUACAUCAGCAGCCACUAUAAAUAAAAUUCACCUGAGCCACUAACAGGCUUGUACUGUCCAAGAGGCCCCUCAUGAGAGCCUACUGGUACUACAGGCAGUACAUAAAAAAAAUAGUGUAGGAAAAAGUACCCCCAUAAGUAACUACACAUCAAAUAACAGUUCUUGACCACUCCAGCUGCAAAAGAAAUUGGGGUUUGUGUGAGCCCUGACUUUGACCCAGAAAUCACCAUAUUACUGUCAAAGUGCAACCAGUCUGGGGGCAACUGGAGUGCAGAAGUUACCUCUUAAGUGUAUCUUGCACUGGUUACUUCUCCCUUCACUGGUUAGGCCUCACCUGGAUUAUACAGUUGAGGUUUGGUGUUCCUAUUACAGAAACACUACAUUUAAAUAUCCACGAAUCAGUACAGAGAAGUGUGACUAAAAUUAUCCUUCUCUUUCUCUUCCUCCUCCUCAGUUAUGUUAGCUUUUUAUAAUUCAGUGGUAAGAUCUCACCUUGGAUAUGCAGUAGCUACGGUUCUGGUCCCAUAAAUAAUUAAUUGACCGUAUUUCGUUUCAUCAGCAGUAAAUUUAAUACUGAAGUGCUCUCAUCUGAUCUGCAGGCAUGAAGUGACUGUCGAGCAGACGAAACCACUAGAAUGGUCAACCUUGUAAUGAGCCAUUGAGCUUUAUGUUGCCUGCAUUCACAUGUUUCCACGUUACGUAGGUACUACUUGUUUAGCUGUCGGAUGAAGGGUGAGUGCAAAUUAGCUUUUUCACCCCAUCUCACCCUCUACCUUUCCAUCCCUCAAUUUAUCUGCCCAUCUCUUUAUCUCUCAAUCGUCCUCGUUCUCCUCCUCUUGCUUCUUCUCCUCGAUCUGCCUUCUCUCAAUAACAAUAACAACAACAACAACAACAAAAAAUAAAAAAAAUACAAUGGGGCACUUGCACUACUUCCUUUUACUUCAAUGGGGUCAGGAAAUUCGUUUACAAGAAUAAUGGCGCUUAGUUGGGGGAAAAUACGCAGCGAAGUGAUAUACUCGUACUUUAGUGGGAAAUGGAACUAUUUUAUUUGAACUUAGACCUCUUCAAAGCGACAUUUCUCCUUUGCUUGAGACUGAUGAUUGUAGUGACAGGCUCCAGUACAUUUUUCCUCACAUGGGCAGAUCAUGGAGUCGUUUCUGGUGACGUGCGUGGGGAGAGCGGAUGAGUGAGUGAGGAAGGGAGUGAUAAAGUGAGGAAGGGAGUGAUAAUUAAAGUGAGGGAGUAAGUGAAGGAGGGAGUCGGUGAGUGCUUGAGAUUGAGAAACUACAGAAGGGAGUGAGUGAGAAAUUAGUGAGUUAGUGCAUGAGUAAGUGAAUGGGUGAAUGAGUAAGUCGUGUACAGGUGUGAUGAGUAAGUGAAUGGGUGAAUGAGUAAGUCGUGUACAGGUGUGUCGGUUACAUGACAACACUACAAUUACUCGCUAUUAACAGGUGAUCAGUGACGCUAGAAUGAGAUGAAAACGAAGGACAUAGACGAGAAGGGAAAAUAAAGGAGGAUUAGAAAGAAAGAAAGGAAGGAAAGAACGGAAGUGAGGAAGGAGAGAAACUAGAUUAUAUGACCAAAGAGAAAGAUGAUAAAAAGUAAGUAAAUGAGGACAAAUUGAGACGCGGAUACGCUAAUAAGGGAACCAAGAACCAGGAGUGAUGAAGAAGGAUAAUGUGACGAGACUGAGGCACAAAAGAAGGAAAGAAUAAGAAAAAAAAGGGGAAGAGGGAGUGGAAGAGAAAAAAAGUUAGAAAAAAGAAAAGAAAAAAAAGAGAUAAGAGACAAAGACACGCUAAUGAGAGAGACAAGGUUGUAGAAUCUCUCUCUCUCACUCUCUCUCUUUCUCUCCCCAACAAAAAAAGGAGAGAAAAAAAGAUAGUAAACAGAGAAGGAAAAAAAAUAGUUCAAAGGAAGUGUAAGAGGAAGAGGAGGAAGUGCAUCUCUCCCUCUCCCUCAAAGAAAAAAAAAAAGAGAAGGAAGAGGAAGAUGGUUAAUAGAGAAAAUAAAAGUUCGAGGAAGAGAAGAGGAAGAGGAAGGGGAACUGUCUCUGCCUCAAAAUAAAAAAAGUAGUCAUUUAAAGAGAGAGAAAAAUUGAGGAAGAGGAGGAAGAGGAAUUUUCACUCCCCCUCUCU